ACGAUGCACGGCGGUCAGCGAUGCAGAUGCAGAUGCAGAGGCAGAUGCAGAGGCAUGUUGCGACGCUCAGCCUGGUUGGCGCAGCGAUUCGGUGGUUGGACGCUCUCCCCGCAGAGCCGCACAUCUCGUGUGGGAAGGGAUGGCCAACCACAGCAGGGUCGCCGCUUCCCCACGCCAACCACGCUUCACCACGCGCCCACGCUGAGCUCCAUCCGUGCUGCUACAUGACGGCGCAGUGAAAGUGUGUACAUAUGCGGCUGAGUCCCCAAGCUUCUGUACCUCUCACCUCUCCUCGAGGGUUGACAGAGCGCCAUGAAUCCCCGCGCCUGGUUCAGUGACCUUACGCCCUACUUCGUCUACGUCCUCUUCGUUGCCACGCUCGGCCCACUGCUGUUUGGCUUCCACCUAUCCGAGCUCAAUGCACCUGAAGAUGUCAUACGCUGCAAGAAGAGCUCAAUCACGACCGCCGCGGCCAACCUUCCACAAUGCAUAAAGAUGGAGGAUCUGGAAUGGGGCGUCGUGGGCUCCAUGUACACGCUCGGAGGGCUGCUCGGCGCGCUCUCUGCUGGCCCGUUGGCAGGAAGAUACGGACGACGGCGCACGAUGCAGCUGACCUCGGUCUUCUUCAUUAUCGGACCUGUUUUUGAGGCCCUUUCGCCGAACAUUGGGGUCAUGGCUGUGGGGAGGUUACUCUCAGGCGUGGGCGCUGGCGCCUCCGUGGUCGUGGUGCCCAUUUACAUCUCAGAGAUCGCACCGCCCGCGCAGAAGGGCUUCUUUGGCGCGUUUACGCAGAUCAUGUGCAACGUGGGCAUCCUCCUGACGCAGCUGCUUGGCUACUUCCUCAGCCAUGAUUCAUACUGGAGGGUCAUUCUGGCGGCUGGCGGCAUUAUUGGCGUGCUACAGAGCUUGGGUCUGCUCUUGUCAGUGGAGAGCCCUAAGUACCUUGCCGAGCAGGGCCACUCAUCGCAAGCGAAGAAGGUAUUGCGCAGCAUUCGCGGUGAGGGUACAGACAUCGACGAUGAGUUCAACAGCUGGGGCGUUGAUGGGGCUUCGGAAGCCACAGACGAAGAGCAAUCACUGCUACGAAACGACGAGGAGCCCUCCACGCCGAAGACGCGGUCCGGCAAGGAAGAAGCUCUCAGCAUUGCACAAGUGCUUCGCCACUCCGAUUAUCAGAAAGCUGCAUUUGCCGUCAUCAUGAUCAUGCUCGCCCAGCAGCUCAGCGGUAUCAACAGUAUCGUCAUGUACGGUGUGUCGCUACUGGCAGACCUGCUGGCGUCCAACUCGGCCCUCCUCAACUUGGCAGUAUCUGCCGUCAACAUUGUCGUAACUACCGGCUGCGCGCCCCUACCAGACAAGUUAGGCCGCAAAGCGUGUCUGCUCCAGUCCCUCGCCGGCAUGGGCAUAUCGUCUCUCCUUCUUGCUAUAGGUAUUAUGAAGGCCAUACCCGUCCUGUCGGCAGUGGCCGUUUUGCUUUUUGUGUCCAGUUUUGCGCUCGGUCUCGGGCCCGUGCCCUUCAUCCUCUCCGCUGAACUUGUCGGCCCAGAGGCGGUUGGCGCAACGCAGAGCAUUGCGCUGGCGGCAAACUGGAUCGCCACAUUCCUCGUUGCGCAAUUCUUCCCAUUGGCGAGUGCGAAACUUCACGGCAAGGUGUACAUCAUCUUUGCAGCGCUUUCGGCAGCCUUCUUCGUAUUCAUUAGCUGGUUCGUGCCGGAGACCAAGGGCAAGAAGAAUGCGGAUGAGCCAGCGAUGCCAGACCUCCCAGCGCACUCAUCACCAGCCUUUCCGCCGCUCCACUCGCCGCGACCGGAGCACCCGCACCACCUCGAAGCAGAAGACUACGUCCUUGCCAGCACCACCACCUCCCACUCCGAUGCCGCAAGCACGCCCCCCAAGGCGCGACGGCCCUCGCAGCCUCCGCCCCCGUCCCUCAUAAGCCCCGCCUUCACGCCCCCCGCGACGCCCGGCGUGUCCACGCCUUCAGACCCGCGCCCGCGCCCGCCGCGCUCCGUCCCGGUCCUCCCCUCCGGCACCGACUCGCCACGCCCCGAGCUCCUCGAGCAGCUCCCCGUCGUCGAGUGCGAGGUGCGCGCGCGCAUACCCACGACGACGGGCCACGAGAUGUGGCUGCAUGUGUAUCGCAACAACGUGGAUACCAAGGAGCACCUAGCGAUUGUGUUUGGGAACCAGAUCCGCAGCCGGAGCCUGGACCGCGAGCGCGAGGGCGAGACGGAGCUCGAGCGCAUGACGCGAGGCGCGUACGUGGGGCGGCUGUAUCCGGGGCGGACGCACAGUCGGGUGGAGGCGAUCAAGCGUGCGGAGGGCGCGAUGCCGAAGGCGGCGCCGCAGAGUUCUGGGGGUAGCACGGCGACGUCAUCUGCGUUGUCAGAUGCGGGCGACGCCGCUGAGACAAACAGCCGGACCGAGCUGCCGCUCGUGCGCAUCCACUCGGAGUGCUACACGGGGGAGACGGUGUGGUCGGCGCGCUGCGACUGCGGGGAGCAGCUCGACGAGGCGGCGCGCCUGAUGUCGUCGCCGCAAAUGUCGCCCUCGGGCGGCGUCAUCAUCUACCUGCGGCAGGAGGGCCGGGGCAUUGGGCUCGGCGAGAAGCUCAAGGCGUACAACCUACAGGACCUAGGCAACGACACGUACGAGGCGAACAUCAUGCUGCGGCACCCGGCGGACGCGCGGAGCUACGGGCUCGCGACGAGCAUGCUUGUGGAUCUGGGGCUAGGGGGUGAAGAGGGGAUAAGGCUGCUGACAAAUAAUCCGGAUAAGGUGAGGGCGGUGGAGGGGCCGGGGAGGGAGGUUGUGGUGAGGGAGCGUGUGGCGAUGGUGCCGAUUGCGUGGAAGACGGGCGGGGAGAAGGGGAUCAAGAGUGAGGAGGUGGAGAAGUAUUUGAGUACCAAGAUUGAGAAGUUUAAGCAUAUGCUUACACAACAAUGACCUACCAUCAAUAGACACGACUCAGUAGUGAAGGCUAGGAGCUUCAGAAGUGAGACAUGGGGGAUUUCACGGCACACACGCAUAUGCAUACGCACACUUUGUAGACAAGAGCGAGCGAUCUAGAUACCAUAUCACAGCGGCCAAUGCUUUGUAUAUACGCAUGCUGCAUCCAUUGUCGGGUAUGCCCUCUCCAUGAGUACUUGAGAGAUGGUGAAGUCUGGAUCGAGAGGCAGAUGCGAACCUCGAAAUCGCAAGAAAAGAAAGGUUCAUCGAGAAUUCAGUUACAUUAAUGGGGGAAUUAAAAGACCCUCUUGGCUAAGGAGGGCACAAGGUAUCACAAACAUACAUCCAUCCAGCCGCCAUCAAAUCGUAUACAUAGGCUCACAUGGC